GUGCCCUGGUUGAGGAAGGUUGCGGUCGCUCUCUCUGGGCAUGCGUGUACAACUGGGGCAUAAAGUUGAUCUUGCAAUGUAGACUCUUCUACCUGAAAAUUCGAAAUUCCAUAAAAAAAGGAAAAGAAAAACAAAACCCAAGAGAGAAGAAAAAGAAACAAAGAAAAAAAACAGUCAGGGCUUAAAAAAGAAAAAAAAAGAAGAAAAGAAAAGGAAAACAGGGCUUAAAAAAUAAAUCAAAGAAAAUGGGCCUCGUGACGCGGUAUCUCCUCCCUUUCGCGGAGGAUCACCUACUGCAGAUUUUGCUCGCUUGCCUCGUCGUCGCAGGAAUCCACCGACUCCUUCGACGCAUGCGCACUACGGUUCGGCGCGCAGACAUGGAUCCUCUGCCGGCGUCUGCGAGGGAUGCUGAAUCCAAAGCGGAGAAAGGGAGCAGAAAUGUAAUUGAAGCAGGAGGCGUGGGAGAGGUGGAGGACGAGGUGGAGGACAAGUCGAGGUUGGUGGAUCCACAAUUUCCCGACGACUUGGAGCACAUCCCUUACUCGCGACCAAGAUUCUCGGCAGAAGAGAGCAUCAAGAGAUCGAAGGAAUUUUACGAAAUGAUGAACUCUCGGCGCUCCGUUCGGUUCUUCAGCUCUGACCCCGUCCCGCGAGAGGUCAUCGAGAAUGUUGUCAGAACGGCGGGUACGUCCCCGUCUGGCGCCCACACCGAGCCCUGGACCUUCGCUGUGGUGGGCGAUCCUGAAGUCAAGCAGCGGGUGCGAGAGAUUGUGGAAGAGGAAGAGGAGAUAAAUUACAAGAAGAGGAUGGGAGACCAGUGGGUGCAGGACCUGAAGGCGCUGCGGACCUCGUGGGUGAAGGAGUACCUGACGGAGGCCCCCUGGCUCAUCCUGGUGUUCAAGCAGACUUAUGGGAUGCUGCCCGACGGUCGUAAGAGGAACCACUACUACCACGAGAUCUCGACGGCGCUGGCGGGAGGGAUUCUGCUGUCGGCGAUCCAUAACGCGGGUCUGGUCACCCUCACCUCCACGCCCCUCAACUGCGGCCCCGCCCUCAGAUCCCUGCUGGACCGCCCACCCAACGAGAAACUCCUGCUGCUCCUGCCGGUGGGGUUCCCCUCUGACGGUGCCACGGUGCCCGACCUCAGACGGAAACCUCUGGAGGAGAUCAUGGUUGUGGUGUGAGGAAGGGGUGUUUUUUUUUUUGUUGUUGUUGUUGUGUUUUUUUGUUUUUUUGUUUUUGUUUGGUGUUAUUUUUUGUGAUUUUUUUUGUGGAUUG